GCGAAUUCUUGUCGCCCAGUAAGUCGCCAUGGAAGAUAUAACUCGUCAGGAACAUCAAGUAUACAGUAUAACAACGAAACCUCAGCGUAUGGGAACGUAGAUUACACACCAUCUGAUGAAAUGUACACUGAGCACCAGCCUGAGCGGGCAGACAGACCGACAACCAGCCGAGGUCACCGCAGCUCCAGACAAAACAUCCCUGCGCGGCCUGCGUCAAGGCGCAGUCGCGAGGAGCCCCCUGAUGAAGAGUAUUCAGGAAGACCAAUCUCUAGAGUCGGAUUUUCACCUGAAUCGUCGUACAGAUAUUCUCAUGAUGAGUACUCAAGGCAGAUCUCCUUGGAUUCAGAAAAGCAGAUCCCCAAUUCCCCUUGUGAGUCGCCAGAAGUCCUAUACAGAGACGAAGAAUACUUCAACAACCAGAAGGCGUUGUACGGCCAGAGUCCCCAGAACUCCCCGGUGGACCGUCUCAUUGUAAGUCCCAGCAAUCCACAGGACAACCUGAAAAGGAACUCUACAAAGUUGCAGCAGAAGGGUCCGCAGAUUAUCAGUCGUCAGAGUCCACAGCGCCAUACUCAAAGUCCGCAGAUUUAUGGCCAGAGUCCGCGUCACGAGUCCCAAACGCACCCAAGAUCCAGACCAUCCUCGCGGGAGUAUCUCAAUGUGAGUCCGCUACAGAGGGAUGAGGCUCAGUUGAACCAGUCCGAUAUUCACCAACAUGCUGCCAAGGGGCAGCACUCUAAUGCUGAGAGUGGAUAUUUGAACGAGGGCGAUUCAUACUUACAACGAUUCACAGAAAGCCCACAGUAUAGAAACAGUCCAUUUAGAGACAGCCCAAACCAGUACAGGGAAAGUCCAUAUAGGACACGAGAGAGUCCAAACUACGGAAGCAGUCCAAGUUACAGGGGAGGUAACCAUGGAAACCAUGGAUUAUCAGGGUCGCCAGAGGGUCAUACUCGGCCGCCCCCUGCCCCAAGACCAAAAUCAGCGCGUCCAAAAACUGGGCGCAAGAAGAGUGCGCGGGUUAGACAGCACCAGCAGCAGCAUAGGUAUGAGGAACAGGAAACCUCCCCUCCUCAGCAGUGUGAUACAGCCUCCAUUCUGAAUGCAGGCGAUCCCUAUGGAAGACCUUCCUCAUCCCUGUCCCCAUAUAAACCCCUCCCAGCCAUAGGGGCCAUAAAUCCUGGGGACCACGACCCUGCACAACUGGGGGGCCAUGACCUCCAAGAACAGGGUCAUUGCAGGGACUCUCAUGAUACGAGGGUUUUGAAUCGCUCCCCGCAAAAUAAGCACCAGCAUCACUCAUCGUUUGAACCCAGAAAUUACAACGCCACUGAUAACGUCAUGGUAAAAACUCAGAGUCUAAGUUUAAUGGACAGAGAAGGUUAUUACCCUGCAAACGAAAACUCUGACAUUUUUUCUGCGGAGGAUAUUCAUGGUGCUGGUGAUAAAGCAUCCGGGCCUCUCACAAAUAAAGAUUUGCCCGGAAUGGACGUGCUAUCGAAUUUCCCUCAGCAUUUAUCGGAUGAGAUUUACAAGUCGAGCGUAGCUAACUAUGAACGGAACAUAAGUGGCGAUAGUGUAAGCGAUGGAAAUGGACUCAAGGAUGAUAGAGAAUCUCAUGCUAGUACACAAGUCCUAUCGACAGAGGAAAAUUAUGAACAUUUGUCUAGUUCAGCAUUGAAGUCCCUAGAUUUUCUUCACGAUAUUCCUUCUGAACCUACCGAGCAUGAAUUCAGACUUCUUUUAGCGAUCAAAUUGCAUGAUGGGAAACGAGUUCAGAGAUUUUUCCGCCCAAGUGAAUCUCUUGUGGACGUCAUGCAUUUUGCAGAGAAUAGUGCACUCGUGAGAUACGGGAAUUUUAAUCUUUUGUGUAAUGCUCCCAGGAUGAUGUUUACAGACUUGAAUGUUUCAAUAGCGAACACUUGCAUUAAGGAUCGUACGGUUCUUUAUCUUGAACAGAAAGAUGAGUGACAUAAAUCUCCCCUAAGUUGACCCAA